GACCGGACCGGGAAGAAUAUGAGCUCAGAGUCGCGGACCGCCACCGGACGCACCGCGCUGCCCUACUGCCACCAGUCUGCCACCACUGCUGUGAUCCAGGUGACCAAUGUAACUGGACGUGCCUGACCAGUGGUGGUAAAACAACAAAAAAAAGGGAAGAAACAAACAACAACACUUAGACAUUUUAUUUGUGCGUGUGUGUGUGUGUGUUUAUGUGUGUGUGUGUGUGUUUAUGUGUGUCGCAGUUCCAUAACCUGCAGGAGCUGAGGCACAGCGCGUCUCUGGCCAACAAGGUCUUCAUCCAGAGAGAUUACUCCGAGGGCACCGUCUGCAAGUUCCUGACCAAAUUCCCCUCCGAACUGGACAGUCGGAUUGAGAAGAACCUGUUCGAGGACACGGUGAAGACGCUGAACAGUUACUACGCCGAGGCGGAGAAGAUCGGGGGACACGCCUACCUCGAGGGCUGCCUCGCCUGCGCCACCGCCUACCUCGUCUUCCUCUGCAUGGAGACACGCUAUGAAAAGGUGCUGAAGAAGAUCUCCAGGUACAUUCAGGAGCAGAACGAGAAGAUCUACGCCCCCAGAGGCCUCCUGAUCACCGACCCCAUCGAGAGGGGCAUGAGGGUCAUCGAGAUCAGCAUCUACGAGGACCGGGGUUCCAGUGGGUCCAGUUCCGGGAGCAGCACUACCAGUAGCAGUGGACGAUGAUGACCACACACACACACACACACUCACAAUGAGUACACGAGUACACUAUACGCACAAAAGUAUUGGGACGCCGCUUCUAAUGAUCGAAUUUGUGCGUUUCAGCCACCAGGUGCAGGUGUCCGAAUACUUUUGGCCGUGUAGCGUAGUCCGUGCAUCUCCUCAGGGCGCCACACCCUCCGGACCGCGUUUACACUCUCACAGCAUGUGACGGACUGCCGUGUAGUCGCACGUCGUGGCCAGUAGGGGUGCUAGAGGGCAAAGUCGUCUUCCAUCGUUCUGUGUUACUUUCGCAGUCGUAUGAUUCUAGUUUACAGUGUUAGGGUAUUUACGGUAGACCUGCUACUCCAGCAGUUACGGUAAUAUUAAAACAAAAAGAUCUCAAGGGGUGCUAGAGGGCAAAGUCGUCUUCCAUCGUUCUGUGUUACUUUUGCAGUAUUCUGAUUCUAGUUCCAUUUACAGUAUUAGGGUAUUUACGGUAGACCUGCUACUCCAGCAAUUACGCUACUAAAAUUACAGCUGCCGGUUUGGGUUUUCACAGUCAAAUCACGAAUUUUGUUUAUUUUUUCUAUUAAAAAAGAAGCGCACUCUGUAUCCGCACUUUAGUAGCCUCCGAUUUUAGCGCUUCCACACAUUUUACCUCACAUCUAAGACAACGUUUACUCAGGAUUUGAGAAUAUUCAUUUGUUCCGUCAUCUCAGCGACACCAAGCGUCCACUGCCACGUUCCGUAAACAUGUUUUAUUUAUUUAUACAUAUUUUCAUAUCCGCAGAAUGUAGCUGAACAUGAAGACACCGACCGGAACCUUUGUUUUCUAUAUAUAUAGCUUCCGUUUCAUUAGCGAGAGGAAUCGGCUCGCGUUUAUGCAAAAAUCUUGAGGAAUUGUUGUGUUGUAGCGCACGGUUGAAGCUAACGCUUCGUUACUUAUGAUGUAAAGGUAAGAUUUUACUGUAUUGAUUAGCCUGCUUCUCUGUGCACAUAUUAAUAAAGAAUU